GUGAUCUGGAGUCCUAUAAGAAGCAGUCGUUCGUGCUGAAGGAGGCAGUGGAGUACAGGAUAAAGAUCAGCUUCAAGGUAAACAAAGAGAUCGUCUCGGGGUUGAAGUACGUACAGCAGACCUUCAGGAAAGGGGUGAAGAUUGACAAGUCUGACUACAUGGUGGGCAGUUAUGGGCCCCGGCCGGAUGAAUACGAGUUCCUGACACCCUUGGAGGAGGCACCCAAAGGCAUGCUGGCCCGGGGCACUUACAACAUUAAAUCCAAGUUCACUGACGACGACAAGCACGACCACCUGUCCUGGGAAUGGAACCUCAACAUCAAGAAGGAAUGGAAAGAUUGAGUGUUUUCCAAACCCCCAUUUUCCUUCUUGCCUUCCUCCUACCUAAUUCCUCACUCCCUUUCUUCCCCUCCAUCGUCGUCAUCAUCAUCAUCAUCAUAGUUCUGGAUUAACCGAUUCAAAGGAACAGGAUUUUUCUCACUCCGUCCACUUUCCCCAUCUUCAAUCCCUUCCUCCACAUUCCUAUCCCUUUCCCUCCCAAAUGAGUAUUGAGGCUUUUCAUGAAAUAUAUAUGUGAAAACAAACAAAAACAUGCACAAUCCAUAUUUUGUGUUUUGGUUUGUUUGUAUAUAAAAGUAAAACCAAGAGGAAAAAAAAAAAAAAAGAAAAUUAAAAAAAAAAAAACCUCAUGGAUACUUUUGACAUGGAUGUUAUUAGUAAUCUUCACCGCCCUUUGUCGUCCUCAUGUGUCCCCGAACCCUUCCAGAUUAUCCCACGUCAUUCCCUUUUUCUGACAUUCCUUGUUUUCUUUUUUAACCAUGAUCUGCCUUUAUGAGUGUAAUGGGAGAAGGUGCCACUUGCAUUCCCUCAUAACUCAAGUUUGCCUUUGCCCAGAGGGAACGUGUCCGAUGCCUUCGAGAUGAGCCUAGGGUUAGUGUAGCACGGGUAAUUGUUAGCGACUGUAGCGGCGCAGGUCUUUACUUGGCUCUCGGUAUGAAUGUGUGCGUGUCCGAUUAUGGUUUUAGCUACGUAGGGUUCGUCAUCCUGUCCACUAGGGGAGCCGUACUAAGAAUCAGCUCUAACGGCGUAGGGGUUUUUGUGUUAACCAUUUCAUCGCCAUGUGGCCUUAAAAAUGAUUCCUGUAGCAAGACAUCGAGGAGCGGCCUUUUAGCAUCUUAAGUUUAAAUUCACUCAAGUCUUUCGUCCUUAAGAGGCCAAGGUGUCUUACCUGCUCCCUCAAGGGACUGGCGGUCGCAUCUUCUGCCUCGUUCAUUCGGCUCAAGUCAGGAUGGACCAACCUUGAAAGCCAGUUGAAGAUAGUGAACCUUGAUGCUGAGCAAACAUUUCCCCCAAGUCAGUUAUCAAAUCCCUUCCAAAGACGACUGGUGCUUCGUUUGCUGAAUGUGCCCUUAGUUUGUGGUUUACGUGAGUCACCAGGUUUUCACUAACAGGUCUCAAGUAUUGAACUAUUCUACAGAAAAAUUACCAACACCAUAGAUUGUGCCUCCAGUAUUGACGACCACACGCUGCUCUCGAUGCGUAAACCUAAGGGAAAGAAAGUCAGGACUCUAAAGGAGGUGCAUUUGUAGUGGGGACAGAUCUGGAGUGAACCCUAAAUCUCAACUCUCAGUUCCAGUCCAGGUGUAGUCUGACCUCAAUGUUCAAAACGAGAGAGGAUGUUGCCAUGCAUCACUGUACUGUUUUAUACACGCUUGUUUUGUUUGUUUUUUCUUCCGGUGACAUUGCCUGCAAAGUAGUGGCUUGUUGUGCUGGUCCAGAAUGCUGCUUCUGUCUUCACCUGUUUGUACUUAUCUGGAGAUUACUGUUCACCUGUGUCAACAUUAAAGUGUUCAGAACAGAC